AUGAGUUCACGUCGGCCACGCGGCAAGAAAACGCGCAGCGCUUCAGUAGCUAUAGCAGAGCCGAACCAAUUACCGAAGAUAGCACAGAAAACACAAGAGAGUGAUUCCCAGUUAGUUUGGGAUACGAUCUUAGCGAAACCUGUUGGGGAUGAUCGAGUGAAGACGAAAGUUCCUAUUCCAGAGACUCGUCUGUUGCCAGAGAACUUUUUAUAUGUUGAUGGGAAGACGCCGAAUUUGUCAUUACUGAGAAGUCAUUUAGUUAGAGAAGGACUGUUACACCCCGACUUGUUGAAAAGAAUCAUUACAGAGGCAACUAAUAUACUUAAAAGUGAACCGAAUAUGAUAGAGGCGCAAGCUCCUGUCAUUAUUGUGGGAGACUUGCACGGACAAUUCUAUGAUAUGAUGACCGUAUUCGACGUCUGCCCCCCAGAAAACUCGGAAAAUAACUUCAUCUUCUUGGGUGACUACGUCGAUCGUGGUAAUUUCUCGACUGAAAUUCUGAUCUAUUUGUGCGCUUGUAAAAUUAAUUACCCAAAACGAUUCAUGCUCUUAAGAGGAAACCAUGAGAGUCGGAUCAUGGCAGAGAACAUGACAUUUUCGAAUGAAUUUAUGCGCAAGUACAAUUCAUCUGAACUCUUGAAACUUCUGUUUACCCUCUUUGAUUCUUUUCCGAUAGCAGUACGUGUUGGGACGACCGAAUUAGGUGACUUCUUGUGUUGUCAUGGGGGGUUUAGUCCGGACAUGGAUCGUAUAGCUGACUAUAGUACUAUCAAUCGAUUUGUCGAACCACCCACAUCAGGGCCAUUAAGUGACAUUUUAUGGUCCGACCCUAUUGAUGAACCCACCGAAGACGAAUUAGAUUCCGAAAGUGCUGAAAAUUGGUUGUCGAUAGAUUUUGUAGAGAACACGAGUCGUAUGACAAGCGUGAUGUAUGGAGCGAAGAGUUUAUUGUCGUUUUUAGAGAAGAAUAAUAUCACAUGUAUAGUACGAGCGCAUCAAGUGAUGGAAGAAGGAUAUAAGCUCCACUAUUUCUUACAAGAUGUGGAUGUCCCGCCAUGUAUCACUGUCUUCUCAGCGCCGAAUUACUGCGAUAUGUAUCACAAUAAAGGAUCAUUCAUGAGACUGAUGCCUAACUCUAUUUGCUUUGAACAGUUUGAUGCGGUCGAACAUCCAAUGUACUUACCUAUGAUGCAAGACUCAAUCACUUUCUCAUUGGACGCGCUGAUGGAUCAAUUAGUCGAAGUUGUUAGUGAACUGAUUUUAAUAACAAAAUACACUGCGGAUGGAAUGAAGGAAAAACAAGAGGACGCGGAACUUGCGAAAAAGAUCAAAGAAAUGAUAGAAAAGAACUCAGUGAAAGACCCGUCGUAUAAAAGAAUGGCUAAGAUUAGAAAGGAGUUCAUGGAAAAUAAAGAGAAGAACGACGCCUCUUUAAGAAGGCGAGAGAACUCGAUAAGUUCAACGAAAGUAAACCGAACUUCGGUGACGUCGACGGUGGCGAGAAGAAAGAAGUCUCCGCACGGGAAAAAAGAAAAAGAGCGACUACUCUCGCAAAUUCUAAUAACCCAAUGA